AGCAAUCCACUACCAAAAACCGAAUCCUUAACGAAUCACUUUUGGAUACUCCAUCGCAAGCGAAGAGAAAAGUUGAGAUCUAGAACCAAGAUGCAAACACAGACACACACCACCACAGACCGACACGGCUAUAGCCUGCGCUUUUCGCCUUUCGAGGCUAACUACUUGCUGCUAGCUACAAGCCAACUGUACGGUCUUGCUGGAGGUGGUUCCCUCUUUCUGCUGGAACAGAACUCCAACACAAACUCCUCAUCCACAGAUGGCCAGAGUCUCGGAGAGCUGUGCCGCCUAGAGUGGUCCGAUGGAUUGUUCGACGUCGCCUGGUGUCCGUAUGCCGCCGAUAUCGCCGCCACUGCCUCCGGAGAUGGAUCGCUUCAGAUCUGGUGCGGAUUGGACGGCGAAUCGGCGAGCAACCAGCUGACGCCGAAACAGCCGCUGAUCUGCCUGCAGGAGCACAAGAACGAGGUGUACAGCCUGGACUGGGGCGAGAAGUGGAACUACCACACCCUGCUCUCGGCCAGCUGGGAUUGUACUCUGAAAUUGUGGGACUGCAACAGACAGAACUCCAUCACCACCUUUGUGGGCCACAACGAUCUGAUCUACGGGGCCAAGUUCUCGCCCCUGAUCGCCAAUCUGUUUGCAAGCGUAAGUACCGAUGGACACCUUAACUUAUGGAAUUCUCUUGACUUUGCAGGUAAACCCCUGAUGAGCAUCGAGGCACAUGCGAGUGAGGCACUUUGCUGCGACUGGUCGCACUUCGAUCGCAAUGUCCUGGUCACUGGAGGAUCGGAUGGCCUGAUUCGGGGCUGGGAUCUGCGCAAGAUGAGGACGCACGUCUUUGAGCUGUACUCCGGAGAAUUCGCUGUCCGGCGAUUGGCCUGCUCACCGCACUCGGCAGCGGUCUUGGCAUCGGCCAAUUAUGAUUUUACCACGAGGAUUUGGAAUUUGGAGCGUGGCGAGUCCGCCCAGGAGGUCAAUGCGCGGCACACGGAGUUCGUCUGCGGAUUGGACUGGAAUCCCCACAGGACCCACCAGUUGGCCGACUGUGGCUGGGACUCGUUGGCCAACGUUUAUACCCCGCAGUGUCUGAGCGGUGAUCUGGUCGUCUAGGUUAGUACAGGGCAUGCCCACAACUGGAAACUGGAACUGGUACUCCCUAAAUACCGAAAACACAUGUGAUAAGGCGCUAGUGGCGUCGAAAUAGCCAGGCCUACAAGCGGUGCACCGUUAAUACGAUAGCUGAGCUAUAUGCAAUGCCUAUAAGGAACUGUAAGGAGCCGAAGACAAGGACUCAUCGGCGCAACGAUGACGUGUAAAUAGCUGUGUGAUAAACGCUGAACGGGCUAAAACCUCAAGCAGGUGCUUCAAAAUGUCAAUAAAAGCUUACAUAUA